UCUUCUCUCUCCAUUCUCGCGGCUCUCUGUUUUCAUCGUUUUGCUUUUGAAAACUGAAGCUUGUUUUGAAGCUAAAUUUCGCGCAAAAACCAUGAGGAAAUGGAGUUUGUUAUGGCCGUUUUGGGCCAUAAUGGCUGUUCAUGGUGUUGCCAUUCUCAUCUUCGUUAAAGGAUUUCUUCUUACUCGUACAGAGCUUCCUUAUUUCAGUCACUGCUCCGAUAUUUCUGAAUCUCCCUGUUUCACCUCCGAUUCACUUUCCAACACCAGUCCUUCAGUUCGGCCUCCUUCUGAUGCAGCAAAUUCCAGCCGUUGCUGGACCAAGCCCGCCGUUAACCGCGUCCUCAUCAUCGUUUUCGAUGCUCUACGGUUUUCUUCGUUUCCCACUUGUUUCUCAUCCUUUAUUAUUGUUCAUUGACUAUGAUCUGAUUCAUUUAUCUUUACUCGCUUUGUGUUAUACCUAUUUGUAUAUCAGGUUUGAUUUUGUUGCUCCCAGUACAUUCUUCGAAGAAUCGAAACCAUGGAUGGAUAAGUUACAGGUGCUGCAUAAAAUGGCAUCGGAACGGGGUUCAUCUACCAAGAUUUUCAAAGCCAUUGCUGAUCCACCCACCACAAGUUUGCAGCGACUGAAGGGCAUUACAACUGGUGGACUGCCAACAUUUAUUGAUGUUGGAAACAGCUUUGGUGCUCCAGCAAUUGUUGAAGACAACUUGAUUCAUCAGCUUGUUCGGAAUGGAAAACGAGUGGUGAUGAUGGGGGAUGACACAUGGAUGCAAUUGUUUCCUCAUCAUUUUCAAAAAGCAUUUCCCUAUCCCUCAUUUAAUGUUAAAGAUCUUCAUACGGUAGACAAUGGAUGCAUCGAACAUCUUCUUCCAUCCUUGUAUGAAGAUGAUUGGGAUGUUCUCAUCGCACAUUUUCUUGGUGUGGAUCAUGCUGGGCAUAUAUUUGGUGUUGAUUCUAGUCCAAUGUUUGAAAAACUGGAGCAGUACAAUACUAUUUUAGAGAAAGUAAUCGAUGUGCUGGAGAGCCAAUCUGAAACAGGCGGGUUACAUGAAAACACUCUUCUUCUUGUCAUGGGUGAUCAUGGACAAACUUUGAAUGGGGAUCAUGGUGGAGGUAGUGCAGAAGAGGUUGAGACGUCUCUAUUUGCAAUGAGCUUUAAUAAACUUUCAGCAUCCAUACCAUCUGAAUUUGGUACUUCUUCCUGUCAACUAGAUUUGGAAGGAAGGGAGAUAUGUACCAGCUCCAUCCAACAGCUCGACUUCCCAGUGACCUUAUCUGCCUUGCUUGGAAUUCCUUUUCCUUAUGGAAGCAUAGGGCGUGUAAAUCCUGAGUUAUAUGCUCUAGGUGCUGGUUCAUGGAAGUUUUAUGGUAUGAAGGUGGAAAACUACCUAAAUCAGUCAGAACAAGGAUGGAUGCAGAAUUAUGUCAAUGUACUUUGUAUUAACUCCUGGCAGGUGAAAAGGUAUAUUGAUAAUUAUACUGCUUCAUCUGUCAUUGGAUUUUCUGAUGAAGACUUGCUUCAUACUCGUAGUUUGUAUGAUGAUGCAAUGGAGAAUUGGGCCCACAUUACAAAAGGCUUAUUAUCUAAUAAUGACGGAAGCCACAUUAUACCUUUACUUAAGAGGCAAAUUGAUGCAUACUCUAAUUUCCUAGCAAGUGUUGCUGAGCUUGCACGUUCUAAAUGGACAGAAUUUAAUUUGAAAAUGAUGACUCUUGGUUUUGGUCUUAUGUUAGCUUCACUUUUUGUCCAUUUCCUUGCUAUCAAGAGGGUUAGCAAACAAUGCAGCAGUUCUUUUGCAAAUGAAGAUUGUGGAACAACUUUUGAGUUGAUGCUUUCUUGCUUUUUGGUGGCGAUACGUGCAUGUAGCUUUCUCUCAAAUAGCUUCAUUUUGGAAGAAGGAAAAGUGACAAGUUUUCUUUUGGCUACUACUGGCAUUAUCAUGCUACGAUAUUCAAUCGCAAAGCAGAAACAUUUUCUGAAAGUCGUUAUUUUCCUUCUUUUGAUGAUCUACUGUAGAUUUACAAUUGAAGUUGGUCUAUUGAAGCAGGCCGAUACAUCUGCUUUCUUGAAAGUUUAUCCUUCAUGGGUGCUUGAAAUUGCAUCCCUACUGCCUGGUUGGACUUAUUUAACAGAGGCUGUGCCAAUUAUUGUGCUGAUAGUAUUGGUACAGUUGCUUCUUAAAAGCGUUGCUGGCAUCCAAUCGAAGGGAAUAUGGCAGUUUGUUAUGUAUGGAACAAUUUUGUGUUAUAUCCUUACUGGAGUCCAUUGGGCUUUAGAAAAGGAUGUGUUGCAUUUUGUCCCAGUUAUUGAGGGUAUUGGAACAAAAUGCAUUCCAAGAAUAGUCUAUGCUAUUGGACUCGGACAACUGUCAUUACUAAUAUUUAGGCAUCUAUUUGGUGAAGACAAACCUUUAGAUUGCAGACUAACUUUAGUAACCAAAACAGCCGCCAUGUUAGCUGCAUGGAGUCCAACAGUUAUUAUUCUAGCGGGAAAGCAAGGUUCCUUGGUCGCUUUGGCGUCUGUUAUUGGAGGAUAUUGCAUAGUAAGUAUGGACAAUCUAAAACAAGGAGGGGAUGGAAAUGGUAGAAUUCUGACAGUUGACAGUCUUCCUAUAACGCAGUGGAGCUUGUUUGCCAUAUGCCUCUUUUUUAGCUCUGGCCACUGGUGUGCUUUUGAUGGCCUUCGCUAUGCUGCUGCAUUUAUUGGGUUUGACGAGUUUGUUCUAGUUCGCCAAGCUAUCCUUCUCAUGAUUGAUACAUUUGGCUUCUCUAUCAUCCUUCCAGUUUUCGGACUUCCUUUCAUUGUUGCAAACAAAUAUUCAUCUACUCAGGCUGCAAAAGGGGAAAGCGUUCUCUUCAUGGGCAUAUCUCAAGCUUACUUGAUGUAUGGGCUCAUAAUGGCGGUUCCAGUUACAGCCACUAUAUUGUGUGUCAUAAUUCAAAGGCGGCAUUUGAUGGAUAUGACGAGGGUGUUAUGGAUGUGUCAUUCUAGUUGAAAUAUCUAGGUAUGGGGACUGUUUGCUCCGAAAUUUGUGUUUGAUGUGGUAGCUCUGACUCUAACAGACCUCUCUAUUUGUUUGGCCACAUUGUAUUAUGUGCCACAUCUAUCAACAUAGGGCCACCCAAAAUUUGUAUCAACCUUCAUCCAUCGCAUUACAAUGAGCUUGUGGUGCCUUGAUCGAAAACUUCAUGGCAUAUUUGCGUAAGGCAUUGGAGUUGCUUUUUUGAUCCAAAGGGUUCAUUUAUAUUGUGAGCCUCGUGAUAAAUAACUCUUCUGACUUAGACUUGACAAUUUUCUAGACUAAACAAGUCCACUUCUUGGCCCAAAUGUUUUCCCGAAGAUUUUUGGUGUGAUUUUAUGAAUGUUUAUGGCUUGUUUGGAUUACAUUUAUUAUUAGUUAAAAUACCAUUGUGGUCUCAAUAUUUUGAAGUUUGCUCAA